AGCAGUGCAUUGUGGGAUAUCAAAAAUGGAGCCCAUGCUGCGCGAGUCAACAGCGCUGUCCUGUGUUAUGUAGCCGUUUGCUGCUGUCAUAGGCGGAGUAGACCCUUAAACUAAACACGUAACACACUCCUGUGACAGUGAACAACAUGGGGGUUCUGUGUUUCGCCCGUGGUGCGUUCACGUCCGCCACAAAAUACAGCGGUCGGUUUGUGUGCGUAACGUUUCUCUCCCGUGUUACAGCUCCAGCAGGUGUCCGUGUCCGACGGUACAGCCAUGAGACUGACCAGAGACAGGUCCCCGGCCAGUAUGUGUGCUACCACCUUCCUCACAGGACGUUGCUUAAAAUCCAGGGACAAGACACGAGCCCGUUUCUUCAGGGGAUUAUAACCAACGACAUGGGGCUGCUGGUGGAGCCUGGACUCACUGCCAUGUACUCACACAUGCUGAAUAUACAGGGGAGGACUCUGUAUGACAUCAUGUUGUACAGUCUAAAAGAAGCUGAUGCAGGACAGGGUGUCUUCCUGGAGUGUGACAGCACAGUUAAAGACUCACUCUUGAGACAUUUGAAGGUGUACAAGCUCCGCAGAAAGGUCAACAUAAACCCCUGUCCAGAACUCUCGGUGUGGGCGGUGCUUUCCAAGCAGGAGGCAGGUGAAAAGGCCAGUAAACCUGAGCUGUCCUCCCCAGACAAAGCUCUGGUAUGGGAGACUGAUCCUCGAACUGAGGACAUGGGCUGGAGAUUGGUGUUGGACAAUCAAACUGACCCCUUGGAUGUCAUUGCAUCAUGUCAGAAAGGUGACACAGGGGAGUAUCACAGACAUCGCUAUGCAAUAGGACUUCCUGAGGGAGUGAAGGACCUUCCGCCCGGGGUGGCACUACCACUCGAGUCGAACCUCGUCUACAUGCAGGGUAUCAGCUUUAGCAAGGGCUGUUACAUUGGCCAGGAGCUCACAGCCAGGACUCAUCACACUGGGGUGAUUCGGAAACGCCUGAUGCCAGUGCGCCUGUCAGCUCCAGUCCAAGACCUCGAGGAAGGUGCCGCGCUGCAAACGCAGUCGGGCAAACCAGCUGGGAAGCACCGAGCAGGGGUUGGAGAGCUGGGUCUGGGUGUAAUCCGCAUAGCUCAUGCCAAAGAGGCUUUGAUGCUCAAAUCUUCUGACGACACCACAGUGACACUUGAGGUCUCUGUGCCAGACUGGUGGCCUGAAGAUGCGAAAAUCAAGUGAAGAGGAGGAUGUUUUAUCGUUCCCUGAAAUGUGACAUAGAUCGCAUCUGACAGACUUCUCAUAGACACAACCCUGAAGUACAGUAUGUUACUCUGUCAUUGCUUAACAGCUGUGUGGCACUUACCCAUAUUUGUUUUUGUUUUGUUUGUAAGAAAACAUACUUUUAGAGUGAUUUCCUAACUUGUAAAGUAUCACUAACCACAAACCACAGAAUUAUGUUAUUUAACUGAUCUACUGCAGCAUUAUACAACAGGAUAUACCAAAGGUGAGAUGGUAUUGGUGGUUGUUGAAUAAAUAUGCAAGAAAGCAAUACAAACUCA